AGGGAAGUUUGUUAGUCAAAGAAAACGCCUAAACAUGGGCAACCUCUUGUCCUUUAUUUGACCUUUUCUUGUUGUAACUUCUCUCUCUCCACGCUUUGUUCAAUUCUUCUGAUUCCAGAUUUUUUUGCUCACUACAUUGAGAUUAGGGUAAUGGAACUGAGAUUGAGAAUAUCAAGACCUUGAAAAUCACUUAUCAUUAUUAGCUGAUGGAAUCUGGACAUAGAAAUGGAUCAAAUCUAAGAACUAAUCCUUCAAAAAGUUCAAGUGAAGGUGAACAAUUUAACUCAAAAAAGAAACUAGACCUUCCCAUUCCACCUUUUACAUCACAAGAUCACAUUCACUUUAUGCCAGAUGCAACCACUACUAAAGGUGAGAGUGCAACUUUUCUUCCUUCCCACUUAGAUUCAGAACUUCAUCACACAUCUCCAAUGAUGGAAAAAAGUGAUGAAAUCUCAAUUAAUAGACAUUUGGAACCAAAUCUUACUAACCCUUUUGGUGAAACUCAUCUUUCAUUAUCAUCAUCAUCAUCACAAAAUCCAUUCCUAUUACUUGAUGAUGAUGCCACUAACAUCACACAUGUGAAUCCAAAUAAAUCAGAAAAUUUGCAUGAACUACAAGUACCAUUUGAGACUAGUUUUCACCAACCAUCUUUUAUGCAACAUGAAAAUGGAAGCAUAACUAACUCUACUCCUCUAGGUGAAAUGCAUAUGCAUCAUGGUCAUUCCUCCAAUGAUGACAUGCAUGGUCACCAUUCAUCAUUUCCACCAUCCACUUAUGAAUCAACACAAGAAAAUCCCUUCCAAGUUGUUGAACACCAUCACGAUCAUGUAAAAGAUUUGCAUAAUCAUCAUUAUCACACACUUCCAACUAUUGAACAAGAUUAUUGGAACUUUCCUAGUCAUGAAUCAACAACAACACAUCAUCAUCAUCAAUCUAAUCACACUUAUGAUGAUCAAACUCAUGCUUCCUCUCCAAGUAAAAAAAUAGAACCCUUGUUCACAAUAGAAUCAACACAAAACCAAAAACCAGAUAACAUUUCCAAAGCUUCUGAAUCUUCAACUCAACACCAUAUGCAUGAUUCAAUAAAUAUUUCUAGUAAAGCCAAGGAAGAUACUAAUGCUAAUGCAACUCAAAAAUUUGGGAAGGAUUUUCAUUUAGCUUCAGAAUCUAGUGAUGAUGAUAUUCCAAUAAGCUCAAUGCCAAAACAUGAACAAAAACAUACUAGUGAUGUAGUUGUUGUUCCUGAAACAAUACAAAAUCCUCCAAUACAAACAAUGGAAAGACAAGAGGAUGAUCCUGCUGCUACAUCAUCUUCAACACAGAGAAUUCCAUUACAUGUUUUUUCUAGAAGCAAAUCAAACACUCAAUGGAGCACUUUAUCUAAUGAAUCAUUGUUCAGCAUUCAUAUGGGAAACACGAGUUUCUCUAAUGAAAUGGCUUGGUUGAAUAAACCUGGUGAGAUGGAUAAUAAGCUGUAUGGUGGUGUUGAUGAUCAAAUGAACACGUAUAGUGGUGGUUUUCCAAGUAAUCAACUUCAACCUCCUCCAAUUCUUCCACCUCAAACACAAGGUACUACUACUAAAUUCAAUGAUAUUAGUCAGAGAACUGCUGAACAACAUGAAGGUUGUUUGAAAGUGACUGAACAAAAAGCAGUUGAAACAAUGAGAGAGGUUAUCAUGGAAAGUAGUGUAACACCAAAGAAUAAAACUAAAGAAGAUUCGACAUUAGGUGAUGGAUCGACACGUUCCGAUAAACUUUCUAAGUCUAUUGAUUGUUCUCAGAAUUCAGAUGGGAGCACCAAAUCCUUUGCGUUUAAAGUAUUGACCGAUGGAGACAAAACUCUUUCAUCGAAACACGCCGAAGACACGAGAAAACAGCUGAAGCAGUCAGGGCAACAGACUGUUAAAGGAACAUCAUCUGCAGCUCAAACCCCCAAAUCAACACCAAAUGCUUCUCAGAACAAAUGGUUAUCUUGCUUCACGUGUUGUCAUUAGAUCACAUUAUGAACAAAUGGUUAUCUUGCUUCACACCAUAUUGGUUUUGAACAAAACCAUUUUACUAUCUCUAUCACCUUGUGAUAGUUUAGUAUCAUGCACUUGCACUGCAGGAUAGAUAGCUUUAACUGGUUAGUGAUAUUUCUUCCUUACCAUUUUUAGUCCUUCCAUCAUAGUUGGGAACUUAGAUAAAUUGCAUAAUAAUCUAUACAUCACUAACACCUUAAAUUGAAUGGCGUGUCUGGUUGAAUGUUUGACACCCCCGACACGUGUAAUCACACUCAAUAACAUCCAUUUUUUUAAAUUAUUAUUGGUCAACGUGUCAGUGUUAGUAUCGUUUUCGGUGUCCGAAUAUGCAUUGGUACUUUAUAGAUAAUAAUACGCUAGUCUCAUUGCACCUGUACAACCAUCGCAGUUGCUUACUUGCUAUGUAAUGUCAAGGAGAUAAUUGAUUUUCUAAAUAGCAAAAUAAAGUUCUUACAAAUAUAAUCUCAAAUAAGAGUUUCUAAAAAAUUUCUAUAACCACAAUUUAGUUCACAACAUGAAGUUUUUUCAUGUCUCUACCAUAGAGAUCAACCAAGGUCACAUUGCUAUCAUAAAGAGACCACGUCAAUUGCAUUUGACUACAAUUCAUCACAAUAUCAAAGAUUGCUACUCGACCACAUUUUAAAACCAGGAGUAAAACUACCUAUAACAAACCCUCAAUGGAUUAAUCAUUCCUUAGACCAUACAAUGGCAUUAGCUUGACACAUAUUGUUUAGUCAUUCAGACACAUUUCAGAAAUGUAGUAAUAUGGAAAAGUUUUCACAAAUGCAUUUAUUUAUGAAAAUUUCCUUCUACACAAACCAGAUGAACAUUGGACAGGAUAAUCAUUGAAACUAAACUAAUCAAAGACUUUCAUUGUUUCCACUUACCUCUACAUU